AUGCUCUCCAUUUAUUGCGUGGAACUCAACGGAUCGUUUCUAUCUCGAGCGCAAUGCACGCAACUGCUCGUUCUUCAAGGAUCUCGGCUAACUCUUCUGUAUUUAUGCAUGAAUCGAGUGCUGCAUCUUGCGAGAAAACCGAUUGGAAACUUAAAACACUGGAAUGAGGUCGACAUUGUACUUCUUGUGAUGCAGUUUGUGGCCGUAGUUGCGGCCACGAUCUCUUCCGUGGAAGUUGCCAAAGCAGCGACAUUGUACCCCUCGUCUGCGUCGUUCGUCGUUGGCGCUAGUGUUUCGACGGCAAUGUGGUUCUUUUAUGCCGUGCAGAAUUUGUACGAGUUUUUGCAACAGGAGGCAAGUUGUAAGGUUGUGACGCUCUUCGUGGUGUUGUGUGUAGUCGAGGAGUUGGUGGGGGGGAUGAGUACAACCACGUCCGAGGUUCCGGUAAAGGUGCUGGUGUGGUAUACGACCACGAUCUCGGUUGUAGUGGCGGGACUGGCAGUACUUCGGGUUUCGAUAAAUCGACGUAAUCGAGAGGAUACAAAAGAUGGAAGAGUGGACCGAGACUUGGAUGCCACAGGGACAAGGAUAGAAAGCCCAUUAGACCGAGUUGGAUGGUUCUCGCUGUUGUCCCUGAGUUGGAACACUCCGAUAAUUACGCUAGGUAAGGCACGCAGACUUGAGAUCAACGAUGUCCCGAAUCUUCCAGUGCGUGAUACGACGUCAGUCGCUGCAAGUCAAUUUGAGACAGAGCUACAGCGUGAGUUUUCGUUGUAUCCACCUCCGAAAAGAUCGUUCUUGCGCGUGGCAGGGCGCUUGUAUGGUGCAGACGUGUUUCGAUUCGCUGUCUGGUCAACUGUGAACAAAGCCGUUGGAUUAGUGAGUCCACUCCUGCUGAAGCACUUUUUAGACUGGGCCGCUGCGUCGGACUCGUCUCUUUCUACGGGUUACUAUCUGGCCGCAGCUAUGGUGGCUCGGUCGGUCAUUUCUGCCGUGUCAGGCACGCAAUUCAAUCUCGCUUGGAAAAGAUUUGAUUUGAGAGUACAAGCAGGUUUGGUAUCCGCAAUUUAUGCACGGAUGCUGCAGCUAUCGGGAGAAGGCAAACGCAAAGCUGGAGGCCUCGGCCACAUUACCAAUCUGAUCUCAGUUGACGUCGGACGCAUCGUUAGCAUGCCUGGAACGCUAUUUGAUAUGGUGCUUAUCCCAAUAGAGAUAGCAGUUGCGUUUAUCUUGCUAAGCGAGGCUGUCUCCCUUUCUUUUGUCGCGGGCGUUGCAGUGCUGGCUAUCAUGCUGCCACUCCAGACAGUUCUGGGACGAAAGAUCCAGCGUGUCACUGCAAACAUGAUGCGUUUCCGAGACGAACGCGUAGGCCUCGUCGCUGAGAGUCUUGCAGCUAUCCGUACACUAAAGCUGCUAGGAUGGAUUACAGCUCGUCUCGAGAUAAUGAGCAAGAGCCGUUCACUUGAGUUCGGGAGGCUGCAAGUGCGCAAAUAUUUGGAUGCUUUCUGUGUAUUCUUCUGGGCGUCGACGCCCGUGAUUGUGCAAGUCUCAGUCUUUGCCACUGCCAUAUUUUCCGGACAAGAUAUAUCGGCUUCUGAUGCGUUCACUGCGAUAGCGCUGCUUGAUCGUCUGGUAUUUCCUAUGAACUACCUGCCGUGGAUUGUCAAUGCCUUUCUUGAAGCAAAGGUGUCUGCGCUACGAAUCCGAGGCUUUCUUUUCGACAAAGAAGUCAGUGCAUGUACUGAGGAAGGCCUCCACCGAAAUGAUCAACCUCAGUCCGCGACGUCUUCGCCCGAAGAGGCAGAUAAAUACGUUGCAAGUAUUCGUGACUGCGAGUUUGGAUGGGGAGCGACGAAGGCUAGCGAUAUAGAAGCUGAAGACGGUGAUGUAUCUACUGUCGACACGCCUUUGCUGAUGGGAGAUACUUCAGAACCAUCUGCUUCACAUCCGUUCAUUUUACGUAUCAAUGAACUCGGUUUGCGACGAGGGUCGACGUACGUCGUAUGUGGUCCCGUUGGUGCAGGUAAAUCAUCACUUCUACUCGCACUGCUUGGAGAAAUGCCAAAGCAGACGAGCUUGCGCAAUCCGGCUUGCGUUUACAGGCGACAGGAAUCUUUGCGUUGCUCGUAUUCUCCGCAGAAUCCGUGGCUUUUCAGUGGAAGUGUUCGCUCCAAUAUUACUUUGUGUUGUGACAACGACAUCUACCGUGGUGGAGAAGAAAGUGAUGCUGAUCCGGACCGAGUUGAGCGUGUUCUUCGCAUUUGUGAGCUCGAUGUAGAUCUUUGCCAUUUGAAGCCGCCAUAUAACGUGGCUGAGGGCGGCAGCAAUGUUAGUGGCGGCCAGCGUGCACGCAUCAACCUCGCUCGGGCCCUCUAUCAGCAGGCAGAUCUCUACUUGUUGGACGACCCACUGAGUGGCUUGGAUGCGACUACCGCAAGCAAAGUGAUGACGAAUUGCUUCACGUCAGGCUCUGGCAUAUUUACUGCGGAUGCGACUGUCGUUAUUGUGACGCAUUCGCUUCAUCUUUUGUCACUGCUGCCAACCGAUGUGCAUGUUGUCGUCAUGGAUGAAGGCUGUAUUGUUGAGCAAGGAGCUUACAACGCAUUAAAAGCGCAAGAUCCACCUAGUCGCUUGAUGACCUUACUGAAGCGAUCAACGGGCGAAGAUGUGUCCAACAGUACUUCGUCCUCCGUGCCCUUCGCAGCGGUGACAAAGAAGAGUGAGCAUGCCGCAAAUACCGAUGAAGUGACAGCGGAUGAGUCCAUUCCUAUGGAGGAAAAGGACGAACGCCGCGAAUCUGGAGUUGUGGGCUGGCACGUUUGGAAAGCGUACUCGUCCGAUGUCGGUUGGACACUUUCGGCCAUCAUAUUGAUGUCUGUCAUCGUUAUGCAGAUUUCUCGUAAUUCGCUGGACUGGUGGAUUGCAGUAUACACGAACGGCAGGCAUUCGAUCACGCCACGAGAGUUUGCAAUGAUACUGCUGUACAUCGCAGGAACGAACAUUGUCUCCGUGUUCUUUCGCUCAUUCCUCUUUGCGUAUGGAGGCUUACGCGCAGCACGUGCAACGUACCACAAGCUCGUUCAAAGUGUCUUCGCUGCUUCACUACGAUUCUUCAAGCAGACGCCUGUCGGACGUGUGCUCAACAGACUGAGCGGAGACACGUAUGCCGUCGAUGAAUCGCUACCAUUUACUCUCAACAUUUUUCUGAAGGACGCGGCGGAUGUAGUGGGUGCACUUGUUAUUCUCUUGUAUGGGAACCGCUUCGUGCUGUUGCUGCUUGUUCCGUUGGCUCUCCUGUACUUCCGCUUGCAGCGUGACUAUCGCCCGAUCUCUCGUCACCUCAAGCGGCUGGAUGCAACGACGCAGUCAUUCCAAUUGGCAGCAAUUACAGACACUUUGAACGGCCUGAAUGUUAUCCGCGCCGCAGGUCGUCAACGACAGUAUUCCCUCGUCUACGAGGUGUGCUUGAAUCAGAAUCAGCGAGUUUCCUUCCUUAGCUCGACAACCAAUGCGUGGUUUCGACUACGUCUCGACAUGCUGGGUGUCUGCGUGACAUCUUUCAUUGUGGUCUUUGCCGUGGCGGACUUCAGUCUCACAGGCAUUACAAACCCCGGAAUUCUUGGGCUUACGCUCACCUACGCACUUCCCAUUGUAGGAAAACUGAACUCCAUUCUCAACAGCUUCGUCCACACUGAGCGUCAGAUGAUUGCAGUUGAACGCGUCAAAGAGUACACUGAACUCCAGUCUGAGGAAGAGAUUGUUGGGGCCGGACGUAUCUCAAAAACCAACGACGUGCCACAGUUCUGGCCUGCUGCAGGUCAUAUCUCGAUUGUGGCUCUGUCAGUCACGUAUGUUACGUCUGCAAACGAUAUCGGGCACCACAAUAAUUCCAGUGGCGCUGACAUAGUGAAGGCAAGCCCGCAUGUUGUCGCUCCAGCUCUUAAUCAUGUCACGUGCGAUAUUCCAGCAGGGCAGAAGCUCGGUAUCUGUGGACGAACAGGUGCUGGGAAGUCAACACUGCUCAAUGCUCUGUUUCGAGCUGUUCCGUGGGCACGCAGUGGCAGCAUCCGGAUUGAUAACGUGCCGUUGGAAUCGAUUCAACUUCAAGAUCUGCGGUCAAGGCUUACCUAUAUACCACAAGAUGUCGUGCUGUUUUCAGGAACAGUGCGCUCCAAUCUGGAUCCCGACGGCGUGCUCGACGACGAGAGGCUCUGGACGGUACUGCGUAAAUGUGGCAGACUUGCGAAUGCUGUUGCCAAGCUAGAUCGUGGUCUAGAUACGGCUGUUGAAGGUGGCGCCAACGAACAAGCCGCGAUGUUUAGCCAAGGGCAAGCUCAGCUACUUUGUGUUGCAAGAGCGUUACUGCGUCCGUCCAAAGUCCUCUGUAUCGAUGAGGCUACUGCGUCACUUGACCACGAGACUGAGCAAGUGAUUUCCGAGACGAUCGCGUCGGAGUUCUCAAAGUCGACGGUGAUAAUGGUUGCUCAUCGUGUCGAAACAAUCAUGCGUUGUGACCGGGUGCUUUUGCUUGAUCGUGGCUCCGUUGUUGAAAGUGGCGAUCCGAAAAAACUGGCACGAUCUCCUCAGUCUUUAUUCUCCCGGUUGGUGGACUCCAGCAUGAGCGAGUCCGUGCUGUCAUUGUAG